UGGAACUCCACCAUGAGGAGGAAAGUGGAGCACGAGGGCUACCUGCAAGAUGGCUGCCCUAAGACUUUCACUUCCUCGUACAGCGGCAGGAAGAGGCGCCAUUACUCGCCGUGCCCCCCGCCGACGGUGCAGCGUUGCGACCUUAGCCCACCGCCUCCUUUGGCGUAACCAAACACGAUGGCAGGAUGUCCUUUUGAUGGGCGUCCCCUGAUGGACAGUUUUGAUUUCAUCCCUGGCUCAGAGCAGUACUCGGCCUGGUCCGACAAAGCGUCUGAUGACACGCUCAGCUUGGAGGAGCAUGUGGACAACAGCUUCUGGGCCAAGGCGCAGAACCGCAGAGGAGCUUCCUCCCAAAUGUCCAUGUCCCCCAGCAAGUUUUUGGCUGUGGAGGCCAGCACGGUGCUGUCCAGCGUGCACACCAUUCCAAUUUUGGGUGAGACCAUAGAACUCAUUCCUCUUCAUCAUAUUAUCUUCAUUAGAUUGCACACAAUGGACUGAAGCCAGGUUGGACCUCUCGGAGAUGAUGUCGAGGCAAGACCAGCCUGCCUUUGCCAUGCUCCUUCAAGAGAGUUGCUUGGGAAAUGCGCCGCCUUCCUGCGCCAAGUCCUGCACUCCAGUUUCCGCCAAGAUGUCCAUAGCAACAAGGAGUUAUUAGUUGAAAUUGGUUUAAUCCUUCCUACUAUAAUUUGUUUUUGACAUUGCGUUAAAACACAACAUAAUUGGUCUUAAUGUCAUUCGCACAAACGUGGUAGUCCGAAGAAGGCAAUGAGAGAGGAGAUAACCGCAAGACAACUCCUCAGUAAGGAAAGUACCGAUUGGCUGUCAAAGAAGUUGCCAUAUGACGUCACUGCAAUGGACGCUGUGGAAGUGAUACAAAAGUACAUUUAAAACAUGCUAAUUAUGAUUAGAACACAAAUGAACUAUCUUCUCUUGAUUCUUAGUUUGUGUUCUUUUUCUGUAUUAUUAAAUGCUAAUGUAUCUACUCAAAUACUGGAGGGCUGUGAAAUGCACCAAUAAACUGAAUUAAUUGACUGGC